AGAGUUUACAAUAUAAUAUACAAAUGUAUUACAAUCCGCAUGCUAAUUUGGAAAGAGUAUACACACACGUAUCGAAGGUUGAUAUACUUAACCACACUCGAUGCUUUUUACGCAUGUGAGUUUAUAUUUUCGGUACAUGCGCCGAUAGUUCUUACCUUGAGUAGUGUGAAACAGUGAAAGCUUUUAGGGUUGAUCGUAUUACGCGUAACCUCUCAACAUUUUUACGGUCAUCUGUAAAAGAUUUUUAACUAUAAAUUAUUAUGUACAAUAUUUUUUAAUUAUAUAAAGAAAGAUUACGUGACUUAUAUAGAAAUAAGAAAUUUUUCAAGAAAACGAUCAUAGAAAGGUAACAGCUUAACACCUUAACCUUUUUUUUUUACGAAACGUAAUUAUUUAUAAAAAUUAAAACUAUUCGACAAUGGCGUCACGGGUUAUUUUAAAGACUUGUAAAAAGACAACGAAAAUUGGUGGUGGUCCUUCGCAAAUUCGCUUUUUCAACGUAAACGUUAAGUUAUACCAAAAAUUGUCGGUUUAAUUAUAUAUGCAUAAAGAUGUACGAAAACGAGCGAUCCUCUGUGAAGUUUGCUACGAAAUUUGAAUUUUUAUCAGUUGUUGUAAAAUCUGUGAUUAUAUAUUUUAAUAUGAGAAAAAAUAUGUUCACAAAAGAAAAGCAUCUUGCGAAAAAACAAUGCGUGCACGUGAGGAACAGUUAUUGAAAGACGACCUGCGAAGAAUGGGGGAAGACGAACUUUGUGGUGGGGAUACUAAAGGCUUAAGCACAGAUAAAAAGUGUAGCUCGAUAAAUCGUUUGGUAGUAAUUCUUGUGCCUUCGCUUUAUCGAGAAUUCGUCUUUUGACUCCCGGACGAACGCUCUUCUUUUAGAUUGUGCGGAUCUAAUUUGUUCCAUAAACAACAAAGAAAAUGCCUGGUCAGCUGGAGGAAGUUGAAGGAAAGCAUGCCACUUUUGGUAUGGGAUGUUUCUGGGCUGGUGAUUCCCUCUUUGGAGCAUUACCCGGUGUUAUAAGGACUUGUGUAGGUUAUUCCGGUGGUACUAAGGAGACGCCAACAUAUAAAAACAUAGGUGACCAUACAGAAGUUAUUGAUAUUGAAUUUGAUCCAGAUGUUGUAUCAUACGCGCAAUUACUUAGUAUAUUUUGGAAUAACCAUGAAUAUAGUUUAAUUACAAAAAUUAAACGACAGUAUAUGUCAUUAAUUUUAUAUCACGAUGAAGAACAAAAGAUGAUAGCUGAAAAAUCAAAAGACCACGAACAACGUGAACGUGGAGAGACAUUUGUCACCGAGAUUAAACCAUUUGAAAAAUUUUAUCCAGCAGAAGAUUAUCAUCAAAAGUAUCGUCUUCAAAACCAUCCAUGGUUAAUCGAAACUACCGGUCUUACAACAGGUGAGAUAUUACGUACUUCACCUUUAGCAGCUAAAUUGAAUGGGUAUAUAGCAGGAGUUGGAUCAUUAGAGCAACUUGAAAAAGAUUUACCAAAUUUUGGACUUAGUGAUAAAGCUGCACAGUAUAUAAAAAAAUAUCUUAUUAAAAAUCAAGGAACUGGUCUAUAUUGUUAGUUUAUUAAAUAAAUGAAAUUAAUUCUACUGGAAAAACGUAGACUGACGAAAUUAGUUCCUUACUGCAAGGAAAUCUGUUGUUUAAUUUAGUUUAAUUUAUAAAACUUUGUUAUAAAUUCAUUCAUAGAUACAAAAUGUUACUUCUGCUCAAAUUAAAUAUGAAGUAUUUAUUAUAAAAUCUAAAUAAUAGUAUUAUAGCAAAUCAUAUUUUUUUCUCUUUUUAUAUCAUAUUGUAAGAUAUAGAUAGUUAAAGUUACACGCAAUAGUUUUAUGCAUACUACAAACACCUUCUUUUCAUGUAUGAUGAUAUUUCAUAUUUUUAGUUAUUUUACAUCCACAGUAUUAUCCAUACUUCUAUUGAGAGUAUAAGAAUAAAAGAGAGUACCAUCAUGGAUAUUAUAUAUAAUAUAACGUUAUAUAUAUAUAUAUAUGACGUGUUAACGUAAACAGAAACAUACGUGUUCUCAUUGAAUUUUUUUAAACCAUCAUUAAGUGUACAGUGCUAUAUAAUAGUGUACUUGUAUGCUAUA